AUGGAAUUUACGGAGGAGCUUAGGAUGGGGAAUUCUACCUCCACAUAUGUCCAACAGGAGGGGGAGGAUGGACAAGUGGAGGAGGAUGGAACUGGCCUUGUUCGGCAAACAAGCAUGGAGGAGGAAUCCGCCCAGGCGCUCCUGGCCCUGAAUAAGGGCGUCGCAGCGGCGGAUGGCGAGGGGAAGAAAAAGAAGAAGAGGAAGAAGGGGAAGAGGAAGAAGAAGGAUAAGAAGUCGGGAGAGGCGGCUGGAGAUGAGGAUGCACUGGGAGAGGAAGGAGCUCUUGGAGAUACGGCUAUUGCAGGAGGUGACGACCUUCCCGACUCUCAAAGAAUCAUCUCCCAACAUCUUGCGGCACACAUGUCCAAGAUUGCGCCCGCUUCCGGUUCGGCCGGGGCAGCUCUGCAUGAAGAUGAUGACCUUUUGAUUAUAGGGACCGAACUUGGUUACACCGCUGCCUCUUCCCCGCCGCCGUUGGACGCAGAUGACGUACUUAGUUCAUCGGCCUUUCACACCUCUCCUCCGAUAAAGAAGGGAAGAGCGGUCUAUGAGAAGAAGAAAAAUAAGCGGGAGGAUCCGAUCGAGGAUGCUAAUAGGCUAGUUGAUCCCGCAUUGAUGGAAUUUGACGAGGCCACCGCGGCAGCCGCGGCCGCCGCUAAUAUAUCCGUCGAUAUGUUGAGGGAUGGAAUUGAGGAGCCAAGGAAGCGCAAGAGGAGGUUGCCGACAGAGAAACUCGAUGAUGGCCCCGAGAAGAAGAAAAAGUCUCAUAAGAAGAAGGUCUCUGAGGAAAUUGUUGAUCCGGCGACGGCAAAUCUGGUCCAACCCUCAUCCUCGGCCCCACUUCAGCAACUUCCAAUUCAUGCGUCUCCUGCUUCCGCUCCAGGCCCCGUGUCUGCUACAGCUACUGCCACUCCUUCCGGAGGAAGUGCUGGAGGCACGUUCUCGGUUGAGGAGAAACAGGCAAUUGACGUUCAUCUCGCUAGAUACGCCGAGGACAACGGCCUUACUCAUGUGGACCUAUGUCGAAGAGUCUGGGCCAACGAACGCCGCAAAGACGACUUCUGGGAGGGGGUCUGCUCCGUCCUCCCACAACGCUCCAGAGCUAGUAUUUACAAGCACGUCCGCCGCCAAUACCACGUUUUCAAUUCCCGCGCAAAGUGGACCGAGAGUGAGGAUGAGCACCUCGCGGCGCUUGUGAAGGAAAAAGGAAGUGCUUGGAAGGCCGUCGGUGAUGCUAUGGGUCGCAUGGGCGAAGACUGUCGCGAUCGCUGGAGGAACUAUGGCAAGUGCGGCAAGGACCGUGGGAAGGACCGUUGGGAUGAAUCCGAGGAAUCUGAGCUGAAGAAGAUCAUCACUGAAGUCUUGACCGGGAUCCGUACGCGCAGGGGCAUUGCUGAUCCCUUUGACCUUGAUGCGAACACGAUAGACUAUGAGGGUGAGAAUGAGAUCAAUUGGACGGUCAUUAGUGAUCUGAUGGGCAAUAAGCGUAGUCGUAUCCAGUGUCGGUAUAAGUGGAACAAGAUGAAACAGCAGAAGGCGAGAUCUGGGGGUGUUGCUGUUGUCAAAAGUCCUGGCACUUGGAAGAAGAAAAAGACAAAGGCUUUCGUUGAGGAUAUGCUCGUUGGGGACCAUAUUUGGUUGUUGAAGCAGUAUGCUCUUAAAAAUUUCAAGCUAUCCUUGCGGGGGCCUUGCUGACUUUAUUAGGAUUCAGGAUUCGGGUGUCAAAACAGAGAAGACAAUCCCGUGGGAAAAUAUUGCCCUCAGUGAUAAGAUUUGGUAUGUUUUACGGCGUGCGAAACUUGUUGAUUAAAUCCUAACUGAGUCUAGGUCUGCGAAGGAGCUUGAACGCGCGUAUAAGAAGCUGCGUCAAACAGUGCCGCAUAAACGCCUCCCUCUACCCGAAAUCGUCAAUAAGGUCCUCAAAGACCUUGAAGACCUUUCAGAAGACGUCAAGGGCCAGCGAUACCUUCCAGAUUCCAACGGCACACCGGCCGCUGACGGCCUACAAUCCGUAGCUGAGGACGAACUUUCCCAAUCUUCUGCAGCCCCCCAUAUCCCGGAACAAUUCGACGCAUCCGACUACACUUACGAGCAACAACCCAUGAUCCAGAACGUUGCCCCGGUCGCAAGUAUGAGCAUCGCCGACGGGGAGUACGACCCCAACCGCGCUGCGGAGGACAUGGCACUUGUUGACCCGGAGCUAAUCGGUCAGGGAAUCGAGCAUGGAGUCCAGCAGGACCUUGAAAAGACUGCCGGUGAGGCGAUCCUGAUUGCUGAGGCGGCCAGGGAGCGUGAGAGAUCUGGCGAGGAUGAGGCUGAGCGUGAGCUCCGUAGGAGGCUUGGUGUGGAAGUUUGAAAUUUUUUUUAAAAAAAAAGGAAAAAAGGAAAAGGAGAGGGGAUAGGAGAGGGCUUCAAUUUCUGAUUGUUUUUUUUACUUUCUUCUGAUUCUUUCUUUUGUUUUCCUUUCUCCUCUUUUCUACUCUUAAAAUGCUGCUAUCAUUGUUGGGGGGCUUGCUUAGUAAAUUUAGGUUAGUUAAGGGAUGGAAUGGUGUGAUGUUGUUUUGGUGGGUAGACUUUGACGGUUAAAUGCCGCCCUAUGAUACUUGGCUCUGCAUGUAUCAACGAAAAGCUCUUUGCAUUCUAGAAGUUGUGGUGUUGUGCAAAGUGUAUAGUAGUUUAUCGGGCUGCCUAACUAUAAUAGCUACUGGCGGCCAAAUAGCAAGUGUGUGCGAGUA